AUGCUGGCGGUCAUAGCGUUGGCGGACAAAACGCUGGAGGACAUAGCGCCGGCGGACAGAAUACUGGCGGACAUAGCGCCGGCGGACAAAACGCCGGCGGACAAAACGCCGGAGGACAGUAUGCUGCCGGACGGUUCGCAGGUGGAUAUAACGCCAAUGGGCAGAACGCUGGCGGACAGGGAGGACAGUACGCUGGCGGCCAUAACGCCGGCGGACAGAGUACCGGCGGAGGCGGACAGAACGCUGGCGGACAUAGUGUUGGCGGUCAUAGCGUUGGUGGACAGUACGCUGGCGCCAAUAACGCAGACGGAGGAAAACAGAGCGCUGGCAGUCAUAGCGUUGGCGGACAGAACACCGGAGGACACAACGCUGGCGGACAGCACGCUGGCGGACAGCACGCUGGAGAACAGAACUCCGCAGGACACAACGCUAGCGGAGGCGGACAGAAUGCCGGAGGAUAUCACACCGGUGGAUAUAACGCCGGAGGACAAUAUGCUGGCGGACAGUUCGCCGGUGGGUAUAACGCUGGCGGACAGAAGCCCCAAGGCGGGCAGAACGCCAGCGGACAGAGCGCAGGCGGGCAGAACGCCGGCGGACACAACGCAGGCGGGCAGAAUGCCGACGGAGGCGGACAGAAUGCCGGAGGAUAUCAUGCCGGCGGGCAGUGCUGCUCGUGGCGGUGAUUCUAUUCUGCGUCAGCCAAUUCACAGCCGGCUGUGA